AUGUCCAGACCGCCCGUGUCCGCCUCUUCCGACGCUGCGGCCUUGCGGAUUCCGUGCACACCAGUGCGAGAAACCCCGCGGCCACUCCGCGUCCGUCCGAUCAACGAAUCGAACCCCCAGCAGGCCGCACAGCGCCGGUCCGGCAUGCUACGCACUCUCCCGCAGCACCGGCAGCACGCACGGCACGACACACAAUCGUCGCACGCGCCCCCGGUUCUCGCUCUCCGCUCGUAACCCCCUGACGGUGGCCCGUGGCCGGUUAAGCCCGAGGCCCGAGCGGCGGUGGAUGGACGUGCGCCGGCUCGGAGGCCGCAUCGCGGCGGCGCUGAGGGCGCUCGGCGCGGGGGGCUCGCUGUCGCUGCCCAUCCCGGCGUGGAUCACAAACGCCCUUGCGAUGAUCUCGCUCGUGCUCUCCUCCUGCGACCUGCUCCGCCUCUGCAGCGACAGGGACCGCCGGCUCCGGUUCUCGCUCGGCGGCCGCGAGUUCGUCACCGUGGUCUGCCAGCUGGCCUCCAUCGUGUACCUCUUCAGCCUUUGCGGCACCGGCAUCCCGUCUGCGGACCCCGAGACCCCCGCCCGCCGCGACCAGGGCGCCGGCUCCCCCGACCAAACGCGCGCCGCCGACGCGCCGGAGACAUUGCAUGGCGGGGACGAGGAGAUCGUUGCCGCCGUGGUGUCCGGGGCGCUGCCGUCGCACCACCUCGAGUCGCGCCUCGGAGACUGCCGCCGCGCGGCCAGUCUGCGGCGGGAGGCGCUACGGCGGAUGACGGGGCGGGGCGUCGACGGGCUCCCGCUCGACGGGAUGGACUACCAGGCUAUCCUGGGGCAAUGCUGCGAGAUGCCCAUCGGGUACGUGCAGUUGCCGGUCGGGGUCGCCGGGCCGCUGCUCCUGGAUGGGAAACAGUACCAUGUUCCCAUGGCUACAACCGAGGGAUGUCUCGUGGCUAGCGUCAACCGCGGCUGCAGAGCCAUCGCGGCGUCUGGGGGCGCCGUCAGUGUGCUGCUCCGGGAUGCAAUGUCUCGUGCGCCUGUCGUUAAGUUGCCGUCGAUAAAGAGGGCAGCGGAGCUCAAGGCGUUCGUCGAGACAAUUACCAAUUUUGAGAUUCUGUCUGCUGUCUUCAAUAGGUCCAGCAGAUUUGGGAAGCUUCAGGGUAUUCAGUGUGCACUAGCAGGUAGGAACCUUUACAUGAGGUUCACUUGUAGUACUGGAGAUGCCAUGGGAAUGAAUAUGGUGUCAAAAGGUGUUGAGGAUGUCUUGGGCUACUUGCAGAAUGAUUUCCCCGACAUGGAUCUCAUCAGCCUAUCUGGUAACUAUUGUUCAGACAAGAAGGCUGCAGCUGUAAACUGGAUAGAAGGUCGCGGGAAAUCUGUUGUUUGUGAGGCCACAGUCAAAGGGGGAGUUGUGCAGAGUGUUCUUAAGACUUCUGUGCAAAAACUUAUCGAGCUUAAUAUUGUAAAGAAUCUCGCUGGGUCAGCUGUAGCCGGAGCUCUUGGAGGUUUCAAUGCCCAUGCAAGCAAUAUCGUAACUGCCCUGUUCAUUGCUACGGGGCAGGAUCCUGCCCAAAAUGUUGAAAGCUCGCAGUGCAUAACCAUGAUGGAGGCAGUGAAUGAUGGAAGUGACCUUCACGUUUCUGUGACCAUGCCUUCUAUUGAGGUAGGCACUGUUGGGGGCGGCACUUGUCUUGCUUCACAGGCUGCAUGUCUGAACCUGCUUGGUGUGAGGGGUCCGAAUCGUGACUCACCUGGGGCAAAUGCUAAGCUUCUGGCUACCAUUGUCGCUGGCAGUGUGCUUGCUGGCGAGCUCUCUCUCCUGUCAGCCCUUGCUGCAGGCCAACUUGUGAAGAGCCACAUGAAGUACAAUCGAUCAAGCAAAGAUGUGCCAGGUGCUGCUUCUUGAGUAUAUUAUAUGCAGCAGCUCGUCGGGUACUCCAAGGCUCCAAGUGACAUGUUUUAUACAGCAGUAGCCCAAGCGAGAUCGUCGCUAAACAACAGAGAUGGGCAGAGGCCCGACUGUAGAUAAGCGAGCAGGUCCUGACAGCAAGCGCAACCUGUUUGACUGUUCCGUGGACGCUAUGUUAGCGACGUACAGCACCUGACAGAUUAUGCAGCUUCUGACUGUAACUUUUGUUUAUGUAUGUUUAGCGUUCGGUUGUAACCGUUCAAUUUUUUUUGGUUUGCUUUGGAUAGCAGAAGAUCAGAUAAAAUUUGUGUUCCUUUUUGUGCAGUAUAGUAAUUUGCCUGUUAUUAUUAUGUUGA